AUGGCCGCAUUGGAAACCGAAUCACAUCCCAACGGACCCCUCAUCCCAAGUCGGGAACAGACACCAUACAGUGAUGAGGACAUUUGCAAGGAUUCCUCGUCUCCCAGCGCCGAAUACAUUUUCGAUGAAGCACAAUGCUUAUUCUGCAACGAGACAAGCACCGACUUGGACCAGAAUUUAGGCCACAUGUCAAGGACUCACGGCCUAUUUGUAGAUUCGACGAAUCUAUUAGUAGAACUGAGUACCCUCCUGGCAUAUUUCCAUCUGAUCAUCUCUGGAUACUACGAAUGUCUCUACUGUGGAACGCAGAGAAACACUCUCCAAGCAGUGCAGCAGCAUAUGAUGGCAAAGGGGCAUUGCAAAUACGAUAUCAUGAAUAAAGAGGCUGAGUACAGAGAUUUCUAUGACUUUCCGUCGUCAGAUACUGGAGAAGAAAUGCACCACAAUCUCCUGGCCAGACGCUCCCCAAACGACCCUCAACUUCCUUCACAGGCCAAGGCAAGAAAACCACGAAGGGCAAAGCCUUCAGACGCCACCAGAGAAGGCCAUAGCCCCACAGCUUCUCCAUUUGAUCAAGUCUUGCAGACUUCGGCGGCACAACCACAAACUGAUGCUGAGCGAAGCUCAAAUGAUGCCGAGCCUAUUCCUCAUUCCAACACUGAAUUGAGUACUAGAGCACUGAAGCAAGGAGUGACUCUUAACAACCAGCUUGCACAACUUCGGGCUGAAGACCGGAGAAGUCUCAUGCAUUUACCGACUUCGCAACAAAGAGCACUACUUGCAACUCGCCAUAAACAAAUGCAGAAGGCCAGAAGGACGGAGCAGGCUCAGCGCGGUCGUUUGGAAACUGCUGGCAACACGUUCGGUCGCCUGGGUACAGUGAGAUUGGUACGGCUACCUCCCCAUUUCGGGAACGUUUCUGGUUUGAAUCGAUGA